AUGGGUCCUCAACCGACACUCAUCCUAGCCCAUUCCGAUGCGGUUCGUCAAUUCUGGCAAUUUCACGAUGAACAGGCCGUCGUACGCGAAGUGAAACUUGGCCGGGCUAUGCUUAUGCUCAUGAAUCAAGACAUUGGUUUCAAAUCCUAUCGAGAUCGAAAUCGAAUGGCAAAGUUCUUUCAUGCAUGUUUUGGACAGAAUCGAGUGGUUCAAUUUGAUGCCGAUAUCGAAUUUGAAACGGGCAAAGUGAUCGACAGACUUGAUGAACUCACUGUACGCGAUCAUGUUAUUGACAUCUCUUCUGAACUCAAGUAUUUGACAUUUCAACGUUUGUGCACAUUUUUUUCUGGAUCCAAAAUGGUCAAAACAUCAGAAUGCUCUUCGUAA